GCCUUCUUCCUGAAGGGGAGGGUCACUUAAUAUGGCUGCCUCUAUGCAUGGUCCGAGCUGUACCUCUGUGGCAGCGGUAAUAACUCUUUUGCUCGGUUGCUGCAGUUUAGUGAACGCGGAUGGAGUCGAGGAGCAUGCAGAACAGUUUUUUAGAAGUGGACAUACCAACAAUUGGGCAGUUUUGGUAUGUACUUCUCGAUUCUGGUUUAACUAUCGUCAUGUGGCCAAUACCCUUUCAGUUUACCGGAGUGUCAAGAGAUUAGGUAUCCCUGAUAGCCAUAUAGUCUUGAUGCUCGCAGAUGAUAUGGCCUGCAACCCACGGAAUCCAAGACCAGCUACUGUGUUCAGUCACAAAAACAUGGAACUGAAUGUUUAUGGUGAUGACGUGGAAGUGGAUUAUAGAAGCUAUGAGGUUACUGUGGAGAAUUUUCUGCGAGUAUUGACAGGAAGAAUCCCAGCAAGUGCACCUCGCUCAAAACGUCUCCUUUCUGAUGACAGAAGCAACAUUCUCAUAUAUAUGACAGGUCAUGGUGGGAAUGGCUUCUUGAAAUUUCAGGAUUCUGAAGAAAUCACAAAUGUUGAACUUGCAGAUGCUUUUGAACAAAUGUGGCAAAAAAGAAGAUACAACGAAUUGCUGUUUAUCAUUGAUACAUGCCAAGGUGCUUCCAUGUAUGAACGAUUUUAUUCUCCUAAUAUAAUGGCUUUGGCUAGUAGCCAGGUGGGAGAAGACUCACUUUCACAUCAGCCAGAUCUUGGGAUUGGAGUCCAUUUGAUGGAUAGGUAUACAUUUUAUGUCUUGGAGUUCUUGGAAGAAAUUCAUCCAGCUAGCCAGACCAAUAUGAAUGAUCUUUUUCAGGUGUGUCCUAAAAGUUUGUGUGUCUCUACUCCUGGCCAUCGGACAGACCUGUUUCAGAGAGAUCCUGAAAAUGUCCUGAUAACUGACUUCUUUGGAAGUGUACGGAAAGUAGAGAUUACAACUGAGACUGUUCCUCUGGAUCCUCAUGUAGAAAUGGUGGACACCAGACUUCCUAUAGAUGAAGUAGCAGCAGAGCCAUUAAAAUAUACAGAACAACUUCCAGUAGCAGAAAUAAUACACCAGAAACCAAAGCAGAAAGACUGGCAUCCUCCUGGAGGUUUUAUUUUGGGACUCUGGGCUCUGAUUAUCAUGGUCUUUUUUAAAACCUAUGGAAUCAAGCACAUGAAGUACAUCUUCUAAAGUUUCUAAUGUAACAGCACUGAAUCUGUAUCCUUGAAUGGAAAUACUGUUUACUUAGAUAAAGAAGGUUGGUCCUCUCUUCUGAAAGGUCUUGUCAUGUAUUUCCUUUAUUUUAUGUCAGUCUAAAGCCAUCUUAUGGCAAGUUUAGGACACAACUUUAUACCAAAAUGUUUACUUUGACCUGUGAGCUCCUCUCACUGUACACAUGGGGUUCCCCUAACAAUAAGAGAUUCCCCUUCCAAUAAAAUAGAUACUCAGACUGGUACUAAGAUGUUAGCAUAUUUCCACUGAGGAAUCUCCUUUACAGAGGGGUUAAAAACAAAUUUCUAAGAAUAUAAUUGCUGCAUUAGUAUUCAGAGGACUUCUCAGGCUUCUUGUGCUGACAUGUACUUGUUUUGCUGGUAUUUGCUGGAGUCCAGUUGUUUCCUUAUCCUCCCCCCCCCCCCCGGCAAAAAAAAAAGAUAAGAUGAUCUUCAGAACUGUUCAGGUCUAUCAUGUUAGGAAAAAUUGUUAGGUUGAAUUUAAGAGUCAUUUCCUACUAACCUAACGCACUUCUUGUUACAGAAAAUAGGGGGAGGGUGCAUGUAUUUCUCUGAUUUCUUUCUUGUAAUAUAGUCUGCUGAACUCUUUGGAAUCAUGCUUCUGAGGAAUAGGAGGGCAAAUGGAAGUCUGCAAUGGAAGGCUGAGAAUUGACAAAAUCUGCCUCCCUCUUCCUCUGGAGGAAAAAAGAAAACCCUUUGGCUUUCUGCGGGCUAAUCGCUGCACAAGAACAUCUUGUGCUGAGAUAUCUCUGUGUGUAGGUGUCCUUGAUCAAGGAAUGUGGCUGAAUUGGUAGGUGAGGAGGAACCUGACAAAGUAAUACUGGAAUAUUUUAAAUGCUAAAACAUCUUAUGAAUUCCAAAGGGUUUCUUUUUCCUGAGUGAGCCUUACAAAAUACUUAUCAUUGCUGAAAUGAAAGUUCAGACAAUAUGCUGAACCUUAUUUAAGAUGUCAUUUUGCCAAUAGAAACUUAAGUCACUUUGUGUACUUUCGCCAUGACAUAUUGAACACUUACUCAACAGAAACAAAAAUACUGUAGGAAAUAUUGAUCUACUCUGUUAAAUAUGACCCCUUAGAUUAGUUGUUUUACCUAGGGCAGUUUUGCUUCUUAGAUUCUGCAAAUCAUUAGAAUUGAAA